UAUAUAUUUAAAUACCUACAUAGUGUAUAUACACAUGUAUAUGUAUAGUGUUUGAUUAUUAAACACAACUGAACACAAGAUGUCAAAUGCUCAUGGAAAAGUUUUUCAGAUGGUCGGGUGAAAAAAAGUGAACAUACAGAAUUGAAACUGUAUCUUUUUAAAACAUGUCUGCGUUUUUCUUUUACACUUUGUUUUAUAUUUUAAUCUCAGGAUGCAUUAUAUAUCCACCUACAGAAUUUAUUUCAGCUGGACUAACCAUAAAAGAUAUAUUUUCAUCUUGGUUAGGUAGCGAAAAUGAAUUUUUUAUACAAUAUCAUAUAAAAAGAAGUGUAGUUACGGUAUUUGUACACUCUAUACUUCCCUUCGGUUAUGCUUUUGGAUUAAUUGUAUUUGGACAUGUAGAUAUUGGACAUGAAAAUAUGUGGUUGUUGUUUGUUAUUUGCACUGCGAUUAUGCCUCUGUGUACUUUGUACAAAAUUUUAAUCUGGUCAAUGAAUAACUGGAGCAAACAUCCUAUAGCACAAAAUCUUGCAAUUUAUUCUAACAGUAACAAUAACAAUAACAAUGUAGCAUGGACUACAGUAGCUUCCGAUAUUAAUGUAGAAUAUCGAAGAAUAGAUAAAAUGAUAAUUACCACAAAUAGUAUAAUAUGUAUAAUAGCAACGGAUAACUGGAUAAUUAAAGUUAUGCCAUAUAAAAUAUUGGUUGCUCACCAAAGUGAUGCAGUUUUGAUAGUUAACAAGAGUGAUACUCAUGACAUGUCACUUGCAACAAGAGGAGAAGUUCAAUUUAUCAAUAUUGAAGUCAAGUCUACAAGAACAGGAGCACAAUCUUUUGAUAUAAGAUUGAAUGCAUUGGAUUUUAAAAAUUUGCAAGACAAAGUUUCACGUCCUAUUACAAUAUUACAAAAUAUUACAUUUCAUAAAACUUUACUUGAUAAGUUUAUUGAUAGUUUUAAAGAACAAGUGCAAGAAAAUCCACUUUAUGAAUGUGCUGAGGAAUUAGGUCAAUGUAUAGGAUGCAUGCAAGUUAUGUCAAAUGUAAAACUACGUAAACAAUGUAGUAGUGGUAUAGGAAGUGGAAAUUCAGAAGACUGUAUGAUGUGUUACUGCCGUCCAAUGUGGUGCAUAGAUUGUAUGGCCAAAUGGUUUGCAUCAAGACAGGAUGAAAAUGCACCUGAAACGUGGUUGACAUCCAAAUGUACAUGCCCAGUAUGUAGGGCAAAAUUUUGUAUUUUAGACGUAUGUCUCGUACAAUCUAUUUAAAUAUAACAAAAAUUAAAUAUAAAAAAUAAUAUAUAAUUAUCAAACUUAACGAAGUACUUUCUGUAUGUCAUUUAUUAAAUAUUUUAUUAUAUUUGCUGAA